CCCCAUGACCUCUGUUGCUGUCUCUUGCUGCCAGCACCGUGAUGGCGGCCUUGAAACCCGUGGAAUCGCAGAGUGGCUCCGGCUCCGGCUUGUCCCGCUGGCAGCUGGCUCUCGCCAUUGGCGGUCCCAUCCUGCUGGGGGCUGGCGCCGUCUAUCUGUGGAAUAAGAGGACGGUCUCGAAGCGGAGCGAGAGGAAAGCACCGGAAGGCAGCUCCAGCCCAGUGCCCAAGGAGGAUGGCGGCCGAGGGGAGAAUGAGACGGAUGGUCUGAGCUUGUUAGACCAGGCCCAAGCUGCAAAGAAUAAAGGAAACAAGUAUUUUAAGGCUGGAAAAUUUGAACAAGCUAUUCAAUGUUACACUGAGGCAAUUGGCCUCUGUCCACUCAAUCAGAAACAGGACCUUUCAACAUUUUAUCAGAAUCGGGCUGCAGCGUUUGAACAGUUGCAAAAAUGGAAUGAAGUUGCUCAGGACUGCUCUAAGGCUGUAGAACUCAACCCCAAGUACGUAAAGGCGCUAUACCGCCGUGCAAAGGCAUAUGAGAAACUAGAUAAUAAGAAGGAGUGCUUAGAAGAUGUCACUGCAGUUUGUAUCCUGGAGGGAUUCCAAAACCAACAAAGCAUGUUGCUUGCUGAUAGAGUCCUUAAGCUGCUUGGAAAAGAGAAAGCUAAAGAAAAGUAUAAGAAUAGAGAGCCACUGAUGCCCUCCCCACAGUUCAUCAAAUCAUACUUUAAUUCUUUCACUGAUGACAUCAUCUCUCAGCCUUUACUUAAAGGUGAAAAGCCUGAUGAAGACAAAGACAAGGAGGGUGAAGCUGCUGACAUCAGGGGAACAGAAAGAUCUGGAUACCAGAAGGCAAAACAAUACAUGGAGGAAGAGAAUUAUGACAAAAUUAUUAGCGAAUGCACCAAAGAAAUAGAGACUAAGGGAAAAUAUGUGGCUGAAGCCUUAUUGCUUCGGGCUACAUUCUACUUGCUGAUAGGCAAUGCUACAGCUGCUCAACCUGACCUUGAUAUGGUUGUUAGUAUGAUAGAUGCAAAUGUAAAGCUGCGUGCUAAUGCAUUGAUCAAGCGUGGAAGCAUGUACAUGCAGCAGCAGCAAUCUCAGCUUUCUACACAAGAUUUCAACAUGGCUGCUGAUAUUGAUCCUCAAAAUGCUGAUGUUUACCAUCAUCGAGGACAGCUGAAGAUUUUACUCGACAAUGUUGGGGAGGCUGUUGAUGAUUUUGAUGAGUGUAUUAGACUACGACCAGAUUCAGCUCUAGCUCAGGCCCAGAAAUGUUUUGCAUUGUAUCGUCAGGCCUAUACUGGAAGCAAUCCUUUGCAGAUUCAAGUGGCUGUAAAAGGCUUUGAAGAUGUUAUUAAAAAUUUUCCCAACUGUGCAGAGGGCUAUGCAUUGUAUGCUCAGGCUUUAACUGACCAGCAACAUUUUAGCAAAGCAGAUGAAAUGUACGAUAAGUGCAUUGAACUGGAGCCAGACAAUGCAACAACAUAUGUUCACAAAGGUUUGCUUCAGCUUCAGUGGAAACAGGAUUUGGAUAAAGGCCUAGAACUAAUCAGCAAGGCCAUUGAGAUCGACAAUAAAUGUGAUUUUGCUUAUGAGACCAUGGGCACUAUUGAAGUCCAGAGAGGAAAUCUGACUAAGGCUAUCGAUAUGUUUAGCAAGGCCAUUAACCUGGCCAAGUCAGAAAUGGAGAUGGCCCAUCUGUAUUCGCUUUGUGAUGCUGCAUAUGCACAGACGGAAGUUGCUAAAAAAUAUGGAUUGAAGCCCCCAACACUGUGAUUUGAAAAAUACAAAGUGUUCCCAUUGUUCUUCUGUUAAGCCUCUGAUAACUUUUAUAAACUGUUGAAAGCCACAACAACCUUUGUGAUAUUCGUUUAUGGUUUCUGUCUGGAUGCGUAAGUAGUUGGUGAUGAAUAUGUGCAAAAAAUUGCACUCGAAUUGGCCUUUAAAGUGGAAUUAACCUUUUAUGGCACUGAACAAAACCCUUUCUUUUCACACUAAUGCAAUCAGGCCACACAAACAUCUUAUGGUUUUUUUUCAUAUACGAGGAUGUGCUUUUAAAAAAAAAAACUUCCUGCACAGUACAAGAUUGGCUCUCCCUUAAAAGUAAAAGAUGGUGAUAUAAAUCGCUGACUACAACAAAUUUAGAUAAAACUGUGAUUGCUCAUAUUUUCAGUUGCGUGAGUUGGGAAUGGGCUACAAUAAAUUUGUUUGCAAUUAUCUUUGCAUUUUUAAAUCUAACCUGUUCAAAAUGUGUUCCAUGGUAUGUCAAAUAUUUAAAAACGUUCUGAUGGUCCAAGUCAAAAAUGUAUGCGUUAUAUGGUAUAUAGUUUGACGUGGUAGAGAUAAUGCUCUCUACGUUUAUAGAAAACCAAUUCAGUUAUUCUGUGCUGAAAAUGUCUUUUGCAAAGUAUUCAUUUAAGCAUAUCCAGUGGGAUAUGGUUGUACAAUAGAGCUCUAAUAAAAUUGCGGUAUCCAGUGAGAAGUUGUUGUAAAAAUGACAUUAAAAGAUGUUUGGGGGGUCUUUAAAAAGCAAGUGGUAUGCUGACAUGGAAAGAUUCUGGGCUUUGCAGUGCGUUUUGCUGUUUACAUAAUUGAUGCAAAAAUUUGUGCCUCUAGAGAUGGCAUUGCAUAGGCUGCCAAUGUGGCCUAGAGACAGAAGCUUCUCCAUUCCCAUUUUAAUGUAUUCACGUGCAGGCCUGAGGCACAGUGAAUUUUAUUUUGAACUUGCUCAAAGUUAUGGUUGUCUGGCCUAAUCUAUUGAUGUAGAAAUGGAAAAGGCCCUUGAUGGAAGCAUGUGCUCUUCAGUAAAACCAUUGUGUUUUCAAGAACUGAUGGCUAUUAAAAAGAAUGUUGGAAAAUACACUGGAAAAAAAUUAUUGAACUAGUUUUUUUGUAAAUGACUGAUAGUGUAAACUUACCCAAUAAAUACUGCAUUCAGAAUGAAAA